GUAUCGUGUACGUUCGGUUACUUAACCUAUAAUUUGUGUUGUGGUUCGUGAAUUUGUUCUAUUUUAUUUAAACAAAACAAAUAACAAUUAUUUAUCUUUUUUAUCAAUGCUAUCAUCAAAGAGGAGAAUUUAAUUCCACUUGUAAUUCACAUUGACUUCAGGAAAUUACCAAUCAAGAAACAGACCGUUAGAUAUUUUAAAAAGGGCAUGAAUGGGGACUUAUCUUAUCAUUUAUUACGUGAAGUAGUCAGUUUUCUUUCUUGAUCACUAAUAUCCUUAUAAUGUCUUUAAAAUGGAGAAUAUUAGUUGGAGUUAUUAUCGUAAUUAUCCUUUGGAAGAUGUAUACACAUUAUGGUACAUAUCAAUCGAAAGGACUUGAUGUGAUUCCCAAGACAGAGCCCACUGGUGAUGAGAAAAAGAUCAAACUGACGGUAUAUUAUGAAGCAUUAUGUUCUGAUUCAAGAAAUUUUAUUCUGAGUCAAUUACUUCCUACAUAUAAUUUAUUGGGAAAGUAUUUGUAUUUAGAAUUAGUUCCAUAUGGGAAAGCAAAAACAAUAGAAGAAGGUGAUAAGAUAACAUUUCAAUGCCAACAUGGAGCUUUGGAAUGUGUUGCAAACAAAAUUCAUGCAUGUGUAUUGGAUAAAAUUACCAGUUCAUACUUUAGAUUAAAAUAUGUAGCCUGCAUGAUAGCUGACAAUCUUGUUCCAGAAGAAGCAGGCGAAAGGUGUGCUAAGGAUUUAAACUUCAGUUAUCAGCCCAUUUCUGAAUGUGCAGCUAGUGAAAGAGGAAAUUUGUUGUUAAAAGCCUAUGGCAUUGCAACUCAUGCAGUUCAGCCAACAAUCUCUUUUAUUCCUACUGUUGAGGUAGAUGGUUCCCAAAAAAUACCUUUAGCACAUCUUUUAAAGGACUUGAAGAAGGAAUUGUGUCAGUUGUUGCCGAUAAACACUGAAGAGUGUAUUGAGCUUUAAGAACAGAUGACUGAAAAUUCAUAAUAAGUAAAUAGUAUUAUAUUCAGAAACUUUCUUCAUUCCUAUCAUUUUUAUAAACUAAGCUUUUAAAUUACUACAUUUCUUUUUAAAAUAGAAAUUUUUAAUUUUACUGUGUGACCAAAAGUUGUAGCCUGGAUAAAUCACUGAAGUUAUAAGUCUCGUAUUUUUUGUACUGACGUUUGUUAAUGAAAGUUUUAUAAGAAAAAUGCUAUUUUACUGUUGUAAUUAGCUUUUAAAUUUUAAAGCAAUGAGUUGUUCUUUAUAAUACCGAUUAUAAAUAUUCUUGAUAAAUGUAAAGGGCAAAAUUGGGUAUAAAAUUGGACUAGUAUAAUAAAAAGAAUGUUUUUUUUUAAUGACGAGGAACUAAAAUAUGAAAAUAUUGGUUAAAUGUGUAAAACUUGUUUCUUAAUCACUGAAAUAAAAAUUUUACUCUGAAUAGCGAAAUAAUUAAGCAAACUUGAUUCAAAUAAUUCGCGAACAUAUCGAUAAUGUAUACAACUAUUAUUUUUUUUACGGUUUACACUAUUCAGUAUCUGUUAAUUUAUUUUAGUUUGAAUUUAUGCCUUCUAAAUGUACAAAUAUACAAAUGUAAUUUAUUCAUUUUUCAUGUUAUUUAAUAUUGAUUGAUAAUGUAAGUUAAAUGAUGUACAAAUACGGUUUUAUAAUCCUUUUAUUAUGCACUUUUUGUGAUUUAUAUUUUUGGCAACUAUCUUAUUAUCUUCAGAAGUAAUUUUAGAAGUUAUAGAUAUGUUUAAUUUUUUGUAAUUAUGUAUAUAAAUAAAUGUAAUAUCUCUUU